AUGAGCCGGUUGUUGUCUCCAUCUGUCGCUCUGAGCGUAGAAAAUGGUUUUGCUGAUAUUGGAGAAUUCUGCGCCUCGUCACCUGAUACUUCCUCAUCAGUUUCCGAGUCUCUGGCAUCGGCAGAACUUCCUCAGUUACAUCAACAGCAUAAACUGGGUGGGGUGGAUUUGAAUGAAGUUGCUGAUGAGCUUGAAGAAGAACUUGUUCUUUGCCUAAGCACCGGUUACUGCAACCUUUCACAGAUGGGCUUUGUUACUACUCCCGCCAACAUUCCAUAUGAGUCCUUGGUUACCUUGUUACUAUCGGGGAACCAAAUUAAGGAAAUAUCUGAGAGUCUUUUUACAAAUGGAAAUUUCCAAUUCCUCUGCAAGCUUGACUUGAGUUCUAACUGCUUGGAGUCGGUUCCGAAGUCUCUGUUCAAGUUGAUGAAACUGGAGGUACUGCUGUUGGACCACAACAACAUAACGAGGCUGCCGGUUUCUGUUGAUGAACAAAUUGGCAGUCAGCUUCUGCCAGCGCUUCAACGUAUCGGUCUCGAAUUCAACGACCUCAGUAGAUUCCCUAUUGAGCUCUUUAAGCAUUGUCCCUCUCUGGAGGCAGUUUAUCUGAGCCAGAAUCUACGUAUGCUAAACGAACCAGUUUCUGUGAAACAGCUCCUUCAAGCUGCAGCUGUGGAAUCCAGUAAAGAGAACCACCGCGUUCUCCUUAAGGUGGACAACAAACCAGUUUUUGUUCAGCAAAUGUACGACGAGAAGUGGGACGAGGUGCUCCCAUGGUUGGACGUGGAGCUACAUAAGAUAUAUCCAGACAAGGUUUUGUCCUUUCUUUACCUUGGGUCUCUGCGUACGGCGCAAACUCCGCUCGUCUAUCGUGAUCUUGAUAUAGGUUUCAUAUUGAGUGCCGGCCGGAAUAUGACAGUUCACGUGGAGUCCGGCAUGAGACAUCUUGUGCUUCCGAUCGAUGAUCAUCCGGGGGAAAAGUUGCGACCCAUUUUUGACAUGGCAUUUAACUUCAUUGACGAUGCGCGCGAGGAGGGAAAAGGGGUCCUGCUGCACUGUUUUGCGGGGUUAUCCCGCUCUGUCACCAUUGCGGUAGCUUAUUUGAUGAGUCGUUAUAACUACAAGCGCGAUGAGGCUAUAGAGAUGAUAAGGAGGGUGCGCCCGUCGUCGCAACCGAACUCGGGGUUUAUGGACAUAUUAGCACAGUAUGAACAGGAACUAAACAAUCAAAAGCAUCAUAUGUAA